AUGGAAGAGGGAAAUCACUCGGUGGUGACUGAGUUCAUUCUCUUAGGACUGACAGAUCGUCCGGAGCUGCAGGUUCCCCUGUUUGUGUUGUUCCUACUGAUUUAUGUUAUCACUGUGGUGGGGAACGGGGGUAUGACUCUGUUAAUCACAACUGAGCCCCGACUCCACACCCCCAUGUACUUUUUCCUCCGCAAUUUGUCCUUCUGUGAUCUCUGCUAUUCCACAGUAAUUGCCCCUGUGAUGUUGCAGAAUUUUUUAACCAGCAAGAAAAGCAUUUCUUAUACUGCCUGCACUGUGCAAAUAUUCCUCUUUAUCACUUUUACAGACACUGAAUGUCUCUUGCUGGCUGCGAUGGCGUAUGACCGUUUUGUGGCCAUCUCUAACCCGCUGCUCUACAAGGUCAUCAUGUCUAGGGGGCGUUGUAACCAGCUAGUGGCUGCCUGCUAUGCUGGGGGGCUGGUGGAUGCAGUGAUGCUCACAAGUUUUACAUUUCAGCUGUCAUUCUGCCGCUCGAAUAUCAUCGAUUAUAUCUGCUGUGACAUCCCCCCUUUGCUGGCGCUCUCCUGCUCUGACACCCACACCAACGAGAUUCUGAUGUUUGUUUCCAUGUGCUGCAUUUCACUGAGCAGCAUUGUGAUCAUCCUCGUCUCUUAUGUCUGUAUUAUCACCACCAUCUUGCGGAUGCACUCUGCCGAGGGCCGGCGCAAAGCCUUCUCCACCUGCGCUUGUCACUUGAUCACGGUGGUUAUGCUUCAUGGCACUCUCCUCUUCAUAUACUUCCGUCCCAUCUCCAGCUAUUCCCUGACCACAGACAAAGUGGCCUCCGUGUUCUACACGGCGGUGAUCCCCGUGUUGAACCCCCUCAUCUACAGCCUGAGGAACACGGAGGUAAAACACGCCCUGAACAAAGCAUUCUGUGAAUAUUUUUUUUCUAAGAGCUAG